AUGUUGCCCCCACUGGCAUUGCCUCCAAACAUGGUGUUCACACCGCCGGAAAUAUUGAUGAUCUGUGAUUGUUUCGAAUUUAAAAGUGUUGUCGGAUUUCCUUCGAAGACGAACACACGGGAACCAAACUUGAGGAUUCACAAGAUUGGAUCUAACAUAGAAAACUGGCACUCCAUCAUUCGACAGGGAUUAGUGGUGGCGUCUGGCACAAAUAAGCAGGUUAAUGGAGCAGCUUAUGGAAAAGGAAUUUAUUUGAGUCCAUCCGUGAGUGUUUCAUCAGGAUAUUCAAGAAUCGGCUAUGGUGUAUACAAUCCAGACAUGUGGAAGUCAACCUCUAGGUUCUUGACGAGUGAUAGAAUCACCUGCAUAGCUCUUUGUGAAGUAAUAACAUCUCCAGAUCUGAAAAAGCAUGGUGACAUUUGGGUGUGUCCAAAAGACUGUCAUGUCUGCACAAGAUUCUUCUUUGUGUAUGAAGAUGGCCAGGUGGGUGAUAACGCUAUGCAUACUCAAGUUCAAAAGUACAAGGAGGAAAUUUCUAAAGCAGUUGGCUACCAUAAGCACACUGUCAGGUGAAAAUGUAAAAUAUGUUGAAUUGGCUGUUAACUGUCUUUAACUGGGACAUUGAUCUUGCAUUCAAGUCUUUUAAAGUUGCAGAUCUUGCAGUUUAAAUCCAUGAAAAUGGACACCAAGUUUGGUUAAUUUAUAAAAAAAUGUAACACAUAUGAAUAAAGACUCUAGUUUCAACCCGUUUUAAUGGACACUACGGUUGGUUAAUUUACAUGUAUAAAAAAUGUAACACAUUUGAAUAAAGACCAUAAUGUAAACUUGCUGGCUGCCAGCGGAAUUUGGUAUUUAUUAAACAUAAUCAAACUACCAGAAAAUAUGCUAAACACAUUGACAUAAUGAUUUCAGACUUCAUUUGGUCUUAUAGAAAACAUUUUAUAUCAAGAGAGCAACUUCUUCAACUACCUAGAGAGCUAGGUGGGUUGGGAGUUGUAAAUGUUUGAUUAAAAAUUAACUCUCAAAGAAUUAAAUUCAUAACAUGGCCACUCAGGUUAGAGGGAUCAAUGGGCUUUGGAAAUCACUAGCCGAUUACUUCUUAGGCCAGUAUAAAAAUUUAAAUAUCGAAAGACACGCUUUAAAAUGUAAUAUUAUCAACAGAAAACAGAACUUCAGAUCAAUGCCUAACAUUUACAAGCAAAUGUUACUAUAGCUUGGACAGACCGGGACUUAAAGGGACUUACCCUAGUUUUUAAACACGAAGGCAUAUAUUUUACUAUUAGAACCAUUUUUGAUAACUGAAAUCAUACUUUACUUAGAUUUUAUUGUUUAGUUAUCCAUUUCCAUACAUUCAAAGAG